AUGAGAGAUAUAAACACGGAAGAUGAAGUUCAACCAAUAGACAAAUCGACUUUUGAAAACCAUGAAUGGAAUGCGGAAGAUGAUGGUGCCGAGGCUUGCAAACAUCGGCGCCUCGAGGCAGAAUGUGAUGACGUUGAUACUUUAGGUCUCAAAUGCCGAGUAAACCGAGGCGUCGUUGACUUGGAUGAUGAGUCUGCUGAACUGGCCGAGGUUGGGCUUCAUUCAGACGAGGAAGAUUGUGAUGAGUCUGCUGAAGGCCUUCGGAAAAAGAAUGACGGUGUCCCAGAGUAUUCUCAUACGGUCAAUCGUAGUAUGGGUUACGAUGGCAGUUGGCCGCCGAUCAAGCAAAAUUCUGCAGAUCCCGACUUGACUUCAUCAUCUAAAGUAGAUUUUAUGAAUGAAGUCAUGGUGGUUGAUGAAACUGAAGAGGUACUUAUUAUUUCAGACGGAGUAGCUGACUUAAAUUCAUCUUCACAUUUUCCCUGUCCAGAGACGCUUGAUGAAGUUAUC